AUGCCUGAUGGACAUGCUUCAAAUUUGGGAAAACGUGUCGAUAUGGAGCACGAAAAAUUACAUGGUAUGAAAAGUCAUGAUUGCCAUGUCUUCAUGGAAACAUUACUCCCUAUUGCAUUUAGUGGCUUGCCCGAUAGAAUUUGGAAACCUAUGACUAAAAUUAGUUUGUUCUUCAAGGACUUGUGUUCUAAUACGUUAAGGGAACACAACCUAGUUCAGAUGGAUCAGAAUAUUCCUAUAAUUACAAAUAAGUUGGAGAAGAUUCUUCCACCUAGAUUUUUCGAUGUGAUGGAGCAUCUUCCUGUACAUCUGGUGCAUGAAGCACGCCUCGGAGGUCCGGUUCAAUAUAGAUGGAUGUAUCCAUUUGAGAGGACUAUUGGAAAGUCUAAACGGGGCAUGAAGCAAAAACAUAGACUUGAAGGCUCAAUGGUUGAAUUCCAUCUUGCUAGGGAGAUAGCUGAUUUUGGUUCUUAUUACUUCGAAAGUAGUGUGCCAUGCUUUCAAAAUAGACCCAAUCACCAUGACGAUGGUGGUGAGACUAUGAAGCCACUAUCAAUCUUCAAUCAACCAGGCAAAGGUUCAAAAAAACGUACGAGGAGGAAUCUUAGUGCCAUGGAGUUUAAGUCUGCAUCGACACAUGUCUUGUUGAAUUGCCCACAAGUUAAACCAUUUCUUGACUACUUUGUGUAUUUAUAUGGCAAUGAAAAAGUGUUUGAGCAUUUCUCAAAGUGGUUUCAAGAUUACAUUUAUGAUACAAAAAAUGGUCAAUUUGACCAAUUUUUGAAGGACCUUUCUUGGGGACCCAUCAAGAUUUAUUCAAUGGACAAGUAUCUUGUAAAUGGUUUUAAAUUCAAUACUGAAGAAUGCUCCAAAUAUAAAAAAACUAACAAUAGUGGAGUUUGGGUGAAAGGUGGUGAUGGAAAUCAAGAUGGAGUUGAUUAUUAUGGGGUACUCAAGGAGGUUUUGGAAAUGGAGUAUUCCGGUUGGCCUAUAAAAAAAAUUGUAUUGUUUAGAUGCAAGUGGUUUGAUCCAACCCCAAAAAGAGGUACGAGAGAAAUCAAGCAAUAUAAUAUCAUUGAAGUAAAGCACACAAGGGAGUAUGAAGCAUAUGAUCCUUUCAUUAUUGCACAAAAUGUUAAGCAAGUGUACUAUGCUCCUUAUCCCUUGCGUCCAGAUAAAUUAGAUUGGUGGGUGGUGAUUAAAACCAAACCCAUGGGUCGUGUGGAAGUUGAAAACGUGUUGGAUGUUGCGUACCAGGAUAAUGAUAUAUCAAGUGUUCACCAUACCGUGGAUGUUGAAUUAGAAAAUGAUUUAGAGCAUCCUGAACACAUAUUAGAAGAGGUAGAUAUAGAACAAAUAACAGAUGAAGGGGCAAAUGCAUCAAUUAAUGAAGAAGAGUUGUUCGAUGAAGAAGAAUGUUUUAUAACUCAGCCAUUUCUGACAGACGGCAGAACUGAUCGCAUAUAUGGGUGA